AUGUUUAAUCUGAUUGAUAAUAAAACGGUUCUAAUGUUUGAGCAAAAAAUUGUGUCAGAAAACAAACGUAUUCUGCAACAUUUUAUUUCACUUCUUUAUAGACGACGUCUUGUUUUCACGCCCGGUUCAACUCUAGCUGAAAUACGAAAUAAUUUUAGAGUAGAAUCUUUAGUUAAUAUCUCCAUUAGCAAGGUUCAAAUUUGCAAUGACAACAAUGUUUGUUCUUUUUGGGAACCAAAGUAUUGGAAGGAUAGUGUAUUACAGAGAGAACACAUUUAUCACAAUAUAAGAACGAUUCAAGUUCCAAUGGGCUUAAAUGUGGAUUUGGUUACUCGAGACGAUAAACGUUUAUCGAUUCCUAUGGGUUUUACGAAUUGUGCGGGUCAAGAAUUUUGUAAUUUGGUAUCACGCUUAGAUAUUUCAGCGGAUUUAAGACUUGCCUUGGAACAAAUAACCGAAUUCAAUGAAAAUAAUAUGCAAGAAUUAAUUCACCAUCACAAAUCAAAAUUGCAUUUUUUCAAUCAUGAUGUGACUCUUAUUUCUCAAUUUUCCGUAAAUCGAUUAGAGCGUUUUGGACAAGCAUUAACCGCUUGGCCUGGACCUGUUUCAGCUGUGAUAUAUCUUACCAAUCCACAUGACGUUUACACUCUCAUCGAUUAUUUCCGAAUGGACAAAAAUAUCUAUCUUUAUAAUCGUGUUUCUUUAACAAUAAUUAAACCAAAUUACUCAACAGAUCACUAUUUAAAAUAUCCAAUUAACCAACUUCGAAAUAUUGGAAUCAAAACGGCACCAACUGAUUAUAUUUUUGUUAUGGAUGCAGAUUUUGUUCCAACUUCUCAAUUAUACCAUUUUGCAUUUUCUACAUUAAUCCCUUUAUUACGACAAUCAUCCCAUCCAACUGCUUUCGUGGUUCCAUGUGUUGCGUUACUCGAAAGCUAUCGUGGAAAAUUUCCAAACAGUAUUUCUGAAUUACGAAGUUUAUUUCGUCAAGGUAUUGCUUAUAUAACUGAUCCAUAUUCAGGCCACGGCCCAACUGGAACAAAAAUAUUUCUUGCACAUCAAUUAUACACUUUUUUACCUUAUUAUGAGGUUUGUUAUGAAUCCCAAUGGGAACCAUAUUAUAUCAUAUCUAAAAAUGCACCAUUAUAUGAUGAACGAUUUCGUAAUCAAGGUGGUGACAAGCAACAACAUGCAUUUUCACUUAACGCAUUAGGAUAUAGAUUUUUUGUACUAAAAGAGCAUUAUAUAUAUCAUAAAGAUCAUCCAAAAAUGGAUUGGCCUGAUGGUGGUUUAAGGCAUGGACAAUUAUCUAAAAAUCAGUUUAAUUAUUUUCAACAUUAUAUUCCGGAGAUGCAGAACAUAUUUGGGAUUAAUGUUAGGUGGCCAAGAGGAUGCUCUCAACCUUUGAUCACAGGACAAAUGAGAGAUUUGCUUGGAAUUGGAUUUGGCUAA